AUGACCGGGUCCAUCCAGUCUGGCGAGCGAGACUCGCCCACCGGUGAGAUGGCUCGUGUACCUCGCGAUGCGAAUGACGUCACGGUUUGUUUGGCUUCAGAUCGCGCCGCCCGCACAAUCCAGCGAACGUUUCGUGGAUAUCGCGCUCGAAGAGAACUCAGAGGGCUUGGUCUGCGACGACUCGAGCACACUCCACGACCCCAGGAAAACCCACAAGAUGCCUCUGAGAGAUGCACCCCGCACUCCGCUGAUGAAAGCCCUAGGCCAGCUCGCCAAAACUGGCACCGAGCUGUCAAUGUUGCCAUACAAGCCAGCGACAACGACCAUCCAGAGAAAGAGGAGCUAAAUUAUCACUCUGAGGUAUUGCACGAGUCGACACCCAAGAUGAUGGAUCUGGAAUACUUCUUGGAAAUGGUGGAUACCAAACAUCGGCAUGGCAGCAAUCUACGCGCCUAUCAUACUCUCUGGAAAUCCUCUCCCUCGCGUGAGAACUUCUUUUACUGGCUGGACCUGGGAGAAGGAAGGGAUGUUGAGCAUCAACGGGUCUCACGUGAACUCCUGGAGAGAGAUCAGGUGAGAUAUCUCUCGUCGGGCGAGAGACAACAGUAUUUGGUCAAGGUAGACGGUGCUGGCUUGUUCCGGUGGGCAAAAAACAACGAGUUGGUCGACACGGAUGACAAACGGUUCAGGGACAGCGUUCACGGCGUAGUUCCUGUUGAAGAUGAUGCGCCUCGUUUUGGAGGGAAUUCUGAAAAAACACCAUCCGAACCCGACUCGACCUCAUCGCGAUCCUCGCCUUUGCCAGAGCAUAAUGUCAAUGAAAGCAAUGGAGACCAAACUCCUUCGACACAGGAAGACUAUGAACUGGAAAAGGACGUCAAGAAGUCUUCACGUGUCGACCCUGCGGCGAUUUAUGACCGAUUUGCGGGCAGUCUGUCCGUCAAGAAAGGCAUGUGGAUAUUCGUCGCCGAUACGUCCUUCCGUAUAUACGUUGGCAUCAAAGACCCUGGUGCUUUUCAACACUCGUCCUUUCUAAUGGGGAAACGUAUCUCGGCAGCCGGAAUGCUCAAAAUUCGCAAAGGGCAACUGCGCAGUCUGUCUCCUUUAAGGUAUAAGCUGGCUUUCUUUUUCACUGCAAUUUGCUGCUUCGAAAAUAUCAAGGCUGAUACGUCCAUUCCAGUGGUCAUUACCGCCCUCACAUUUCUAAUUUUCGUGCUUUUCACCAUUCCCUUCAAGAACGGGGAGUAG